GUUUUUUCCCACAUGGCUCGCCAAGGCCGCCGUAGGGUCGGUUGGACGCCACGGAAAAUGCCCUGCGGGCGAGAGCGGCUGGCAGUGGGGCUGGUUUCAAGGCAGGGAAGAGCCAUCGCGCUGCCCUCCUCGGCUGGGAUGGCGAGACAGGGCUGGCACGGCUCACGCUGUCCAGUGCUUAGAAAACCGGUAAUAGCGGGCCCGAGGCGCUGCUCGCCGCAGUUUUUUGGCCCUGGGUUCCUUCAAGUGGAUCCAGCUUAUCGGUGUUUGUGGAUUUGGCUGCGUCCGCUCCGCACUUCGGAGGAGAUGGCGUUUCAUGGGAAGAAAUGCGCUCUAGCAGAUGGCCGCCGUGGCCAGUCAGCCCUGCUGUGACGGACGAAGACGCUGGCCACAGACCUCGGCUCCAAAGAAAUUUGCACAGCCCGGCGCCCUCGGCCUGCGCAGCCCCGCGGCCGCGGCGACGCCCGUUAGGAUGUAGGCCCUGUGGGAGCGAUGCCCUUCCUGGUUCCUAACCCACGGCCUGGAACAGCAGCUGGCCCGUGGCAAUGCUGAGCAAAUCUGAAGGAAUGGCUUCGCCGGUCCCUACAGAGUGCACCCGAGUUUUGUCGUAUAUACACAUACGUACUCUUUUUUUCCAAGUAUAUUUUAUUUCUUGGCAAACAUGGCCCUUUGUGAUCGCCGUGUUUCUCUCCUCCCAUCCAUUAUACAAUACUAAAUGAUCCAUCAUUCUUUGAACAAAUCAAGCCGUUUCACACCUGCAAUGCAAUUGUACCGACCGUGCUCUUCCCUCUACUGCUGCAACCCCCCAGGCAGAAGUCCUUUUCAUACUUCACAAAUUCCCACCCAGGCAGACUUCAAGCACCUUACCCCCUACCCCAUCCCACUCUGCCCAUCUCUAUUUGCUGUGGUCUGAACCCGCACAAAUGUCUAUGUAGUUUCUGCGCUGCGUAACAGUUUAUAUGACAGUUGCUUCAGCCGUUCUGUGAACUCCUGAGGGGAAGGACCAGGUCUUGCUAGUCAUUUUAUUUCUAAUGUCUAUCAUAUAGUAGAUGUUUAAUAAAUGCUAAGUUGAAUAA